UGCAGACGGACGAACUUACGAUCCUGUCGCCUCAGUACGUAAGUCCUUAUACUCCGACAGUGCCUAUUACCGACACUAUGUUUCAUGAUCCAGACCAUGGGUCUGACCAUUCGCAACUUGGAUCAGGGACGCUCAAAAUUACAUCCGAAAUGGAAGAUCAUCACCAUCCAAUCUCGCCUAUUAUUUCUUGGUCAUUUCUGUACUUUACUUUAUCAUGAAAUCGAGGGAUCUACCAAUAAAGAGGGGAGCCCAUUACAUCAACGGUGUAGAUCACAAAACAAAGCACGCGACUCAUGUGCACAGUACAUUAUAAUUCUUCUUUUGCCAAUCUUCCUCCCACAUUUCCAUUUCUCUCUUCCUCAAAGAAGGCGUGCAUGCUACCUGUAAUCAUGUCUUCUUCCCAGCUUCCCUUCCAUCUACGCCUCCUACUCCUCCUCCUCAUCUCAUCUCUAUCUCCAUUCGUCCAUCCCAUGACCCACCCAUCCGACGUCUCCGCGCUCAUCUCCUUCAAAUCCUCCAUCACCCCGUCCUCCAUCCCCUCAUGGUCCUGCCUUGCCACGUGGAACUUCUCCUUCGACCCCUGCUCCUCCCCUCGACGCAACCACUUUGUAUGCGGCCUCACCUGCACCCCCGACUCGGCCCGAGUCGUGGCACUCGUCCUCGACCCGGCUGGAUACUCAGGCACCCUCUCUCCUCUCCUCUCCAGACUCUCCCAGCUCAACCACCUCGACCUCUCUGACAACUCCUUCCACGGCCAAAUCCCCUCUUCCCUUUCUACCCUUGCCAAUCUUCAAACCCUAACCCUCAGAUCCAAUUCCUUCUCGGGCAAUCUCCCUCCCUUCUCCAAACUCCCAUCCCUACAGUCCAUCGACAUUUCCCAUAAUGCCCUCUCGGGCACGAUUCCGUAUUCCGUAACUACCCUCACCGGCUUGAGAUUCCUAGACCUCAGCUUCAACAGCCUGGUGGGGUCCAUUCCCAAACUGCCCCCCAAUUUAGUAGAGCUCGCUCUUAAGGGGAAUUCCCUAUCCGGGCCUCUUCUAGAAGAUUCCUUCAAAGGUCUGAACGAGCUGGAGGUGUUGGAGUUGAGUUCCAACAGGGUGAGCGGGACGCUGAAAGGAUGGCUCUUUCGCCUUCCAUCAAUCCAACAGAUCGACUUGGCCAACAACAGCUUGACACGUGUCGAGGUCUGGAGCACCAACGGCGGGGACAGCGACCUGGUGGCCGUGGAUCUGGGGUUCAACAAGCUGGAGGGAUACUUGCCAGUGAAUUUUGGGACGUUUCCGCGGCUGUCGGCGCUGUCCCUCAGGUACAACCUAUUCAGAUGGAGCAUCCCUGGGGAAUACGGGAAGGGAAGCAUGAGGCGGCUUUUCCUAGAUGGAAAUUUCUUAAAUGGUAGGGUGCCGGACGGGUUUCUUAGAGGCGAGACUACUGUUUCCGGUAGCUUUGCGGACAACUGUUUGGAGGGGUGCCCAAGUUCGGUGCAGUUAUGCUUGCCCUCACAAAAGCCGGCUUCAGUGUGCAAGCAGGCGUACAGUAGAAAGCCGCGCUCUAUAAAUUCACCGCCUUGGUAGAAUUGAAAAUACGGUAAAAGGCUAAUUAUAAUUUAAUUAGUUUGUAUAGGGAGUGACAUUAUUAUUAUGGCGAGUAGAAAUAAAUUGGGAGAUUUUUUCU